CUCCCCUCCCCCUCUCCACUUUCUUUAACCCUACACUUAUUUAACCAACGUACCCCUACCCCUCUCCAUUUUCUUUAACCCACAUUAUUUAACCAAGUACUUCUCUCUCUCUCUAACCAGUACUUUUCAUUUUCUCUCUCAUCCACUCUCUUUGACCUGGUGCUUUCCAUUCCCUCUCACGAUGGGUUCUCUAUCAGGCAUUUUGCCGAAUGACUUAGUAGAAGAAAUCCUACUCAAGUUGCCUGUCCCUUGUAUCUUGGGUCUCAAGAGUGUCUCAAGAUCUUGGGAUGAACUUUUGUCCUCCCCCAACUUUGCAAGGACCCACUCGCUCUACCCUCAUUCUCUCUCUCAACCUUGUGCCAUCUUCCUCCCAUUUUCCCACCACGAAAAAUCUCCAAUUUUCACCAUCUCCCUCAAACGUGAUAACAUCAUGCAACUUCAUAACCUUUCCCAUAAUGAAUCAUGCUCUUCUUGGAUGCUUAGAAAGCCGGACAUGAGGGUGGGAUGCAGCAAUGGCAUCCUUUGUACCUUGACAGGUAGGGGUCUCUUUACUAUUGUCAACCCUGCAACCGGCCAAUCCACCUGCCUUCCUGCUGUUCCCGGAUCCUGGGCAUUCUAUUUCGGAUUCUAUUUUGACCCCCAGCAUCGCAGUUUCAGGGUUUUUACUGUGGUGUCGAAUGUGUUUGAAUGGAAGCCCAUUCCGAAAUACCAUCUGUUUGACUCUGCCACUGGACAGUGGAGGUGCCUUGAAAGCAUGCCAAAAAAAUCUCUGAUCUUUGGCCGCAAGAAUCUAGUGUCUAUUGGCCAUACAUGCUACACCUAUGACACUAUGGACUGCAGGUUGAUCGGCUUCGACAUGGUCAGAGAGGCUGUAGAGGUUGUACGUGCACCAUCGGAGCUUCAAACUGGAUUAGAACUCUCGGUGUGGGUUGACCAUGUUGCGGUCUUGGAUUGGAAUGGCCAUGUUUCUCUUGUGGCCGUAGGGCCAGAUUUAAAGUUGAUCGUGUGGUUUUUAGUCAUCGCGGAGAAGAAGUGGGUGGAGAUGAUCAACAUAGAUCUGUGUGAGUUGGGCUAUGAGCGUGACAGUGAAAGUGGGCAGAAUAAAAGUAAUAGGCGCCCCUCGCCAGUGCUUGUAUGUGGAGGGCACAUUUUUUUGAUCUACGGUGAGAACAGUGAGAAGAUUAUGAGCUAUGGCUUCAGUAGUGGGAGGCUGCAUGCCUUUUUACCAAGUAAUAGAUUAGGUAGUGGCGAUUAUUUACCCUACAAAACCACUCUUUCUUCUUGGAUAUUUAUGGUGGUGAGAAAGAAAUAGGGAAAUGUAGUAAGAAGAGGGGUCUCCCUCGACCAAGCCUACCGCCAAGAAAAAGAAGACCUCAAAACUCCCUGCAAUGUAAGUCUCUCCCAUGCCAACAACACGGUUUGGGGGUCCCCAAGACAUCUUGAAUGGGUCUGUUGAAUUUGUUGAGGGAUUGCAUUGUCUGGAGUUAGUUGUUUUUACGUUCAAUUAUCGUUGUCUGAUUAUUAGAAUUGUAGAUUUGUAAUUGAUCUCUUGAAUUGAUUAUUUUGUAUGUUCCAUUAUUUCUUGAGUUAAUUAUUAUACUUGUAAAUGUGUAAUUGUUACAAUUGUUAAUUUGUACUUGGUGUCUCAUUUUCUCUCUCUCUCUCUCUUUCAUACUAAUUUCCAUGUGGAGCCAAACUUCAACAAUUAAAACUCGCCUAAAGCUUGCUGGCACACAAACAAAUAUGGGGUGUUACUCUCUCUGGAAGCCCUAGCCAUCCUUUCUCUCAUUGUUCUCUCCUCCUCGUCCUCUAGAGCUUGAGCCACUGCAGGUUGCCGGAAGGAACAAACACGAAAGAUGGAGCUGGAGAAAUUGAGACAAAGGGACGAGGAUUUAGCAAAGGAAGUAGAGCUUCUCAAGCACAAAAUUGAGGAGUUGUGGAGCACCUUGUGAAGGGACAAACAUCGAGUUUUUAACUUCAUACGUACUCGAGCAGGUGAAGAUAGUCAGCCAACAGCAGCUGCCACUUGAAUAGUGCUGGGCAAGGAAGUUUCGAACAUCGAUGUAAAUGAAACUAUUUGUUGAAUAAGUUGAGGGUCUAAAGCUUCCCUUGUUCAACUUCAAUACACCCUUGAGGAGAUUGGUUCCUUGAGCAACAGUUGAGUGUGGUUCUAGUUCUUCUUCAGCUCAUCAAAAUCUGCAGCGAAAUGUAUUCAUAUGAGAAUAUUUGUGGACCAGCCACAAGCUCUGAGAGUUCCAUUAAUUGAAAUGUGAAUGAAGUUCAGCAGGUUGCACGGAUAAAUUAGAUAAAAGUUUUUGCAUGGUGAUGGACCUUACUGUUAGAUGAGCCAGGGACUUGGGAUGCAGUGUUGUGACCUAUUCGAAGUUGCCAAAUUGAGGCAUGGUGUUUCCUUUUUGUGCGCGCACGUGCGUGUGUGGUGCUUGGCCGACGGUGGCCGCUGGCCGCAGGCAUCCUAUUCCAAAUGGAUGGCGAAGAUAGAGGCCACAUCAUGAUAUGGGCCCCUUCAUGGCAUAGGCAAUGGACUAAUAUGGCUUGCUUUUUGCUUAGGAAAUGGGUUUUAUGAGUCCCCGCCUCACCUAUUUAGAUGACUCCUCUCUCUAAAAUCCAUUUUAAAUAUGGAUAUUAGAUCUAAAAUGUAAACCUUGAUGAACAUGUAUUGGGAAAAAUAUAAAUAAACAAAAAGUAAAAUGAGAUUUCUUAAUAAAAUUUGAAACCCAUAUUAUUUCA